AAGUAGUGUAUGAAAUUAACGUCAAUCACUCAACUCACAUGUAAAAGCAGCACGGUCCUCACUGCUCUAAAUUCUCGAUUCGGCUCACAUCAUUUUUCUGUUUUUUUUUGGAGUAAAAUUAAAACGUUUAUAGAAGAACACUCCGGUUACCAGGGCAUCUAACCAAAAUCCGUUGAAGAUGUGCGACAAGCCUGCCUGUCCCCCGCCCCCUCGGUGCUGUCCUCCGCCGCCGCCUCCGUGUCGUCCGCCCCCAACUUUGUGGCAGAAGUUGAACUGCGUGCCCUGCAACCGAUUCUUUUUCUUCCUGAUCGGGGCGGGAAUCGGGUUAUACUGGGAUCAACUGAAGAAGGAGGCCCAAAAGGCGGCCGAGGAGGCCGCCAAGUCCCCCAAGGAGAAGGAGAAGGAGGCCAAGGAGCGUGAGAAAAAGCAGAAGGAGAAGGAGAAGGCCGACAAAGAGAAGGCGGAAAAGGAGAAGAAAGAGAAGGAGAAAAAGGAUAAGGAGAACAAGAGCAAGGAGAAGGGCAAGGAGGGCAAGUAACGCUGAAGAACCCCAAGACAAAGAUGUCCAGGAGCAGGAUGAUAUGUCCCAAAAUUUCAAGCUUCUUUAUUUAUCUAGUGUUUACCCUCAAACUUCCAGAUCAAGAAUAAAAUCGGAAAAGAAUUUGAAUUGGGAUGAAGUGAUGGAUCCGGUUUAAUAAUGUACAUAAUCAACAAAUCUCUUUUGUAUUCGGGACCAUGCCAACACGUAUCAUACGUAUCAAAAAUGAAAGCCGAACUAAACAAGGAUACUAAUACGUGAUAAUUGAUAAUGUUAUUACCGAUUGAGACUUAUUAACAUGUUGAUUUACCGAUUAAAACUGUAUUACCAUGACA